AUGAAUGAUCCGUCCGGCUUCUCCAAGGUCGGUGAUCAGGUGGUGAGCGUUAAUGGGUAUCGCGUGGACGACGCAGUGCACGCCGAGCUGGUCCAUUACAUCACGUCUCAAUCCAGGCUCAAGAUCAAAGUUAGACAUGUGGGAAUGUUGCCGAUUAAAGAGAAAGACUACGAGACUUUAUCCUGGCAGUUUGUAUCAGAGCGAGCGUCUCUCGCGUCGGAGGUGUCUUCGUCGCCUACUCUUUGUCACACAGAUCAUAUAACCGAUUUGCGACUCUCAAUUCUCGUGCCUCCCAGAGCUAAAUUGGGUUGUGGGAUUUGCAAAGGACCCGAAUGGAAGCCGGGGAUAUAUGUCCAGUUUGUUCGCGAUGGUGGGAUCGCGAAGGAAGCUGGUUUGAGGCCCGGAGAUCAAGUAUUGUCCUGCAAUGGCUUGGAUUUCUCCAAUAUAUCAUUUAAUGAGGCUGUAUCUGCUAUGAAAGUGAGCGGACGUUUGGAAUUGGUUGUUCGUGAAGGUGUAGGACGGGAACUUGUGUCACCAGAGAGCUCUGGUUACAACAGUUCCGCGUCUUCAGCUGCUGGAGAAAGGAGUCCGGCAUCAGCACCUCCAGUUGUGCCUUUAGCAGCUCCAGCGGUUUUGCGAAGACGCCUAGCCAGUGUCGCAGAAGAGGCAGCUGAGAGAGCGGACAGACUUACAUCCAACAGAAUAAAAAGGAGAACGUGGGAUAGUCUGGAAUUCGAUUGGAAAAACGGUGAUAUCCACAAUUUUGAUGCACCAUCGGAUAUAGAACCCGACUACGACUGUCCCAGCAUACCAAAUAACCCUCACACAUAUGAAAAUAAAACUAAUAAAAUAAAAACAGAAUUUGAACCAACUAAAGCAACGCAAUUAAAUAGAACAAUAAUAAAUUUGACUGAAAAUGGAGGAACAACAGUUCUCCAUUGUAGCUACGAUAACUCUUCAAAUAAAACCGCAUAUCAACCGAACAGAGACAAUGAUAAAAAGACAAUAGUAGUGGAAGUUCAUAAUGUCCAAGCUCCAAGUGCCAAAUCUCAUUGUAACUAUCCGGUGCCGCCUAAAAUCGACAUGAUAUCGGACACCACGAGCAUAUCCAGUUCAGCCACAUUGUCCAGUGCCAUUGUUGAGGAGAUCCAGAGGAGGAAAUUGAAGAAACCGGAGGUGGAAAAAGAACCACCAAACGUCCCGAAGAAAGCGAAUAUUCCAAAGAUCGAUGACGACAAGAAGAAACACCACAAUGCUCUAAUGGACGAAUUUAAGAAGGUUCAUAGGAAAAUGUUUGCCAAUCAAGAAGAUGAAUGUAACGAAGAUGGUGAAAAUUCGGAUCGACAACACACUUUACGACUGAGAAAACCGGCCGUGGAAGCAACAGAGCAUGUCGAAAACAUACAAGAAAGGCUGACUGUGAAGAAACCACCGCCGCCUCCACCCCCUAUGCCAACCACAAAUGGCCACCACAACGGUGAAAUAAAUGGCGACCGGAAACCAAAGCUAGAGGAUAUUAUAAAAACGCCAAUAAUAAAAAAAAUCGCUACAAUCAACCGAACUCCAACACCAGAUUACAACGACAAAGAACUUACUUUACCCAUAAAAUCGAAGAGCUUAAACGAAUCAAACGCAGAUGUAGAUUCCCUGGAAUCAUACAAACUCCAAAGUCCAGGAAAUGUGAACUUAAAACCACCUUCGAAUUACUUCAUAAAGGCUCCCAAUGGCACGGCUACUAUGAAAAAGCAUUCCAGGCCUGUAUCCGUCACUAUAGGAGAAUACGUGAAUAAUAUGAGUGGAAGAAGGGAGCCGUCCAAGCUGGAAUUUCUCAAUGGGGACAAAAAGAACUCCCAAUCAGUAGACGAAGAGUCCCUCUCAAGUAGAUUACAGUCGGAGUUAGCUCUUACACUUUCACGAUCGAAUUUACGCAAAAAGACUGAAGCUAUGGUGGAUGGCGGGCGAUAA